AUGACAGUUAAAGUUGCUGAAGAAAUGGCCGAUCAAAUUAUUGCUGCAUUUCCUAGUGAAGUCGAGGAUUAUUAUUUUAUGAGAGAUGGUCCAAAAGCACCAAAAGGUAAACUUUAUGCCAAAUAUCAUAAUGUUAUUAGAAGUCUCAAAAGUGGUGGACUUAUUGAAAAAACUAAAAAUACAGUAAAACCAAUGAACUCUGGUUCCCAAACAAAACAUUUCGUUAAUACCAGAUUGAAUAGUAUUAGAAAAAGUCAAAGUACCUCUGAAACAUUAAUAUCUUGGCCUAGUUAUAAGCUUCCAGCAGGAUAUAAAUUGGUUGAUAUUGAUUUUCUCACUGUUCAACCUAAUGAAUCUAGUUUAAUGACACUAUUUGAAGAUUUAAAUGAAGAAAAUGUUCUAACAGAAAAUAGUCAAGAUUGUUAUGUAUUUUACCUUCUGCAUACUCUAUUCGUGCCAACAUCCAAAAAAACAACCAGUGAUGACAAAGGACGAAAAUCUCUCAUUAAAUAUUCAAUAAGAGAUUCACAACAAUCAUUUAUUAUUUUUGCUGAACCAUCUGCUCAAGUGGAAGAUAUAAUUGCCAGAAAAAAAGAGUCUUAUAUGGUAUGGUUGUUCAUUCAAAAACUACUUUAUAUUAUCCAUGAUACAUUAGAUCAACCACAACCGUUAAUAAGUUUGGUUCUGGCUGAACUCGAUAUGUAA